AUGUCGGGCGAGUCGGGAGGUCAAGCGAGUCGGAGGUCGGGCAAGUCUGGAGGUUGGGCGAGUCGUGAGGUCGGCGAGUCGGGAGUCAAGCGAGUCGGGAGGUUGGCAGAAGUCGGCGGAGUCGGGCAAGUCGGGAGGUCAAGCGAGUCGCGGAGUUGGGCAAAGUCGGGAGGUCGGGCAAUCGGAGGUCAAGCGAGUCGGAGGUUGGGCAAAGUCGGAGGUCGGGAAGUCGGGAGGUUGGGCAAAGUCGGGAGGUCGGCGAGUCGGGGUCAAGCGAGUCGGGAGGUCGGGCAAGUCGGGAGUUGGGCAAGUCGUGAGGUCGGCGAGUCGGGAGGUCGGGCGAGUCGGGAGGUCGGGCAAGUCGGGAGGUCAGGCGAGUCGGGAGGUUGGGCAAAGUCGUGA